AUGGUCUUGACCAUGAUCUUAACAGAGGGCCACUGUGCCCCUGAGGAGACAAUCUGGGAGGUGUUGAGUGUAAUGGAGGUGUAUCAUGAGAUGGAGCACAGUUUCUCUGGGGAGCUGAGGAAGCUGCUCACCCAAGAUUGGGUGCAGGAAAACUACCUGCAAUACCGCCAGGUGCCCAGCAGUGAUCCCCUGUGCUACCAGUUCCUGUGGGGUCCAAGGGCCCUCAUUGAAACCAGCUAUGUGAAAGUCCUGGAGUACGCAGCCAGGGUCAGUACUGGAGAGAGCAUUUCCUACCCAUCCCUGCAUGAAGAGGCUUUGGGAGAGGACGAAGAGGGAGUCUGA